GUCUGAGUCUUCUUCCCCGUAGCUGUCUCAUCUGUGUUGCGAUCGCUGUGUCCAGUCUUUCCCGUUAUCUGGACUCUGAAGACGACUGCAGCGUCCGAGCGAGGGCGGCGAAAGAGUUUGGGGGAGGGAAGCGUGUCAGAAAGACAUUUCCAUGUCCAUUUUUGUUUCCAUUUUUGUUCCCCUUCUCUCUGCCGAGACGUGUUGAAGGAAGUGUCUGCAUCGUGUGGACUUUACCUCCGCGUGAGUGACACUUGGGGUAGAUGAGACAGACCUGAGCACAGAGGCAGGAGUGUGCCCCCCCCGCUCCCCCCGCUCCCCCCCUCCUCUUCUUCUGGUCCACUCCUACUGUGUGUGGAUGACCUCUGCUCCACUAGUGUGUUCCUCAGCAUCAUGAACAAAAUGAAGAACUUUAAGAGGCGUUUCUCUUUAUCUGUUCCUCGCACCGAGACCAUUGAGGAGAACGAAUUCACUGAGCAGAUCAACCAGCUCAACAUUCAGCACACUCAUGGUCUGACUCCAGACAGACUGGGUCCUCCAUCUCAUGAUGCCAGUCCAGUGAGUCCUGAACCGACCACACCAGGAGCUCAGUCUCCAUCCCAGCUCCACUACAACAGCAAGGCCCAACACAGACGUUUCUCCAUGGAGGAUGUCAGCAAACGUAUGUCCCUGCCCAUGGACAUCCGCCUGCCUCCGGAGUUUCUCCAGAAACUGCAGCUGGAGAGUGAAAACUCACCCCUCUGCAAACCUCUCAGUCGCAUGUCUCGACGCGCUUCACUGUCUGACAUAGGCUUCGGAAAACUGGAGACGUACGUGAAGCUCGGCAAACUCGGCGAGGGGACAUAUGCCACAGUGUUCAAAGGGCGAAGCAAACUGACCGAGAACCUGGUGGCAUUGAAAGAGAUCCGACUGGAGCACGAGGAGGGAGCACCGUGUACUGCAAUCAGAGAGGUGUCUCUACUGAAGAACCUGAAGCACGCCAACAUUGUGACGCUGCAUGACAUCAUCCACACCGAGCGGUGCCUCACGCUGGUGUUUGAGUAUCUCGACAGUGACCUCAAACAGUACCUGGACAACUGCGGGAAUCUCAUGAGCAUGCAUAAUGUCAAGAUCUUCAUGUUCCAGCUGCUUCGUGGUCUGUCCUACUGCCACAAGAGGAAAAUCCUCCACAGAGACCUAAAGCCUCAGAACCUCCUCAUCAAUGAUAAGGGCGAGCUCAAGCUGGCUGACUUUGGUCUGGCCAGAGCCAAGUCUGUCCCCACUAAGACCUACUCCAAUGAGGUGGUAACUCUGUGGUACAGGCCUCCCGACGUGCUUCUGGGCUCGACAGAAUACUCCACACCCAUUGACAUGUGGGGCGUGGGCUGUAUCCAGUUUGAGAUGGCAACAGGUCGUCCCAUGUUUCCCGGAGCCACAGUGAAGGAGGAGUUGCAUCUCAUUUUUAGGCUCAUGGGCACUCCUACGGAAGAUACUUGGCCUGGUAUUAGCAGUAAUGAGGAAUUUCGGUCUUACCUAUUUCCUCAGUACAGACCUCAAGCUCUCAUCAACCAUGUGCCAAGGUUGGACACGGAGGGAAUUGACCUGCUGUCUGCUCUGCUGAUGUAUGACACCAGGAGCAGAGUCUCAGCCGAAGCCGCUCUGCGACACCAUUACUUCCAGACUCUGGGGGAUAACGUACACAAUUUGGCAGACACUGCCUCGGUGUUUUCCCUCAGAGAGGUGCAGCUCCAGAAAGACCCUGGCCACCGCAGCUCCUUGUUUCAGCCUUUAACUCGAGGAAAGAACCGAAGACAAAGCAUCUUCUAGAAGCCACACAGAGAAGGAGGAAGAGGAAGAGAGAGAGAGACGCACAUAGGAAGGCACUGGCUUUACGGUCCACAGCACGACGGCCAAAUACAGCUCAGUACAGUCAUGUCUCAGCUACAUACACACAAA